AUGAAUGAAAUAUACGUAAAUGAUAAUACGUCAUUGAAUUUGACAUCAAUUACACCAAUUAGUAGCACAACGAGAAGUAUUCCAUAUCGUGAACAAAUUCUUAUUGAUGCAUUUAAUAGUUAUAUACAAAUUGGUAUUGGCAGUCUUCUAUUUCUUUUUGGUGUUACAUUCAAUUGUUUAAGUUUACUUUAUUUUCAUGUAUCACGUAGUUUUCGACAUACAACAUUUCGACUUUAUUUUUCAAUAAUAUCAAUACUUGAUACAAUACGUUUAUUUGAAUUUCUUAUUUUUCUUUUAUUUGAUAAAGGUUAUCUUAAAGUAACAUUAAAUUUAUGUCGUUCAAUAUUUUUUACAAUAAUGUUUACUGGACAGGCUAGUAUAUGGUUAACAGUUGCAUUAGCUGUAGAAAAAUGUAUAAUAAUAUGGUUUCCAAUAAAAGGUCGUUUAUUUUUUACAAUGUGUAUAUCAAAAUUUUUUCUUGUAUUAAUUCUUUUAAUUGUAUUUUUUGCUGAUGUUAUUUAUCUUUUGCCAAGUUUUUUUCUACAUGCAUAUGAAAAUCUUUCAAUUCAUACAUUUAUGUGUGUUUGGCAAAGUGAUAAUCAAUCAUCAGUACACGCACAUGAUCAAUGGAAAAAACAUUAUUUUACAUUUAAUACAGUUUUUUUUCAUUCAAUUAUACCAUCAAUAUUAUUAUUAACACUUAAUUGGUUAAUAUUAUGUAGUUUAUCACGACAACGAACUGUUUUAAUUAAAAUUGGUUCAAUUGACGCUAAAAAUGUUCUUAAACGUGAAAAACAAUUUAAAGAAAAAAUAAUUCAACUUGUACUUUCAUCAUUUUUUGUUAUUAUUACCAUUUCACCAAGAUAUAUAUUAACAAUGGUUAAUGCAUUUGCAACUAAUAUUAGAAAAACACCAAUUAUGCCAUUAUAUAUUUAUGUUAAUUUAAAUACUGUUUUUCGAGUUCUUGAAAUGUGUAAUUAUUCAUUAAAUAUUAUUUUUGCUAUAAUGAGUGGUCGAACAUCACGUCUUGAAAUUCGUAAAUUACUUUGGGAAAAUCUUUUUUGGAGAUUUAAACGAACUCAAGCUGAUCAUCAUGAAUUAAAAUUAACUAAACAUUCAUUUUUAGUUGAUGAUGAUGAUGAUGACAUGGAUCGUUCAGUUAAAGCACAUGGUACAACAUCUUAUUGUGCAUUAGCAAAUCAAUCACCAAAUCAUCAUGCUCAUAUAACACCUAAAACAAGUAGUGAAAAUUAUUCAACACAAAAAUUUCGAACAUCAACGGCAGCAUCAUAUUUUACAUGUUGUGGUUUUACUAUUGAUUUAUCACAUAAACAAACAUAUUCAUCAAAUUCUCGAGUAUUGCUUGAUCAUUCUCCAAUAUGCCGUUCAACAAUAAAUAAAAAUCCAAAUCGUUUAUUAUCAAAAACUCGUUCUUAUCCUCAAUCAUCAAUAUCAACAUCAUUAUUAUCAAAUGAUAGAAAUUUUAAACAACAACGUAGUAUUUCUUGUCGAACAACAAAUAGACCUCGAACAACAACGGCCGUACAUUGUUUAUAUAAUACAUCUUCAUCAAGAAUAACAACACGAACUAAUAAUUCAUCAAUAUUAUCAACAACAAUAAAUUCACCAAAUCAUAGAAUUCAAUCAAAAGAAAAUCAACGUAUAACUUUUGAAAAAUUAUCACCAAUUAUUGAUAAACAUUUAAUAAUAAAAGAUGAACAUAAGACAAAUAUUAAUUUAACAGAACUUCCUACUAUCAUAAAAACUGAUUGUAAUGAAUCAUUACCACCAGCUUAUAUCAUCGAAACAUGUUAG